AUGUCACAAAUCCGACUGCUCAUUCUCGUCCCCCUCUACUCCCGAUGUCUGGUCCUUGUCAGCCUUGCCGCCUGGGUAAAGGCUGACCCCUCGAUUCACUUAACCCCGCCUACAACAACAACAUCAACAACGACAUCAACAAUAACCCCGCUCACACCAGCACUGACCAACGGACAGACUUCCGCGCACGCAUUAAAUCAGACUCGAAUAAUAGACCAUCCGGUCCCAUCACCGAUCGAUCUGUCUACCACAUCUGAUCCCGGUCGUGAUACGCCUAGCACGGUAAUCGGACAAUCUGCCCGGCGGCACAAUCCGAGUUGGCGACGUAAACGAAGAUUUGCCGAGGCCGAUCGGGAAACACUACCGGGACAGGAUCCGAGAUGUGAUCAGUUUAUUCAUUCAGUCGAGGUGGUUCAACCGCGUGAUCCGUCGGUGAUGACUGAUUUCUUUGGAGUAUCGGCCACUCAGAAACGAGUCAAAGAGUAUCAGUUUCAAACACCAAAUUGGCCAAAACCCUUUCCGUUUGAGAUUGACUGUAUAAAAAUUAUUUCUGCUCCUACCAAGCACCAUCGAAUACUCUUGAACUUCCGAGGUGUAUUUGAACUGGAACCGGAACCAAAUUGUCUGGGCGAUUUUCUCGAGGUACGCGAUGGCGCAUUCGGAUUCUCUCCACUGCUCGGACGAUUUUGUUCGAGACGGGUACCGAAUGUGGGCAACGGGAUUCAGACGACGGGACAAUAUAUGUGGCUACGAUUCCGCAGUGAUUCGACCAUUCCACAUCGUGGAUUUCAAGCAGUUUAUCGGUUCUACGAGACUAGUAAGUUUCCUUGGGAUUGA